AUGGCAUCUAAGACGAAGCUCUACGCCGCAGUUCAACCCAUGGUGGUACUGCUUCUCUUGUCUAUUGGCCAGUCUACCACGGCUUUUCGCGACCCCAGCGUGAAGCACGACCUUCUGAAGUCGACGAAUGCGCCAUCACGCAUCGACUUAGCAUCCGAACUCCACCAUGCAUCGAUCAAUCAGCCGGAGUUUUCAACCGCCCUCAGAAUUAUUCAAAACUACGAAUCAUCGCCAUCAUGCAACCGGUUUGCCGUUCACUCCCUCAUCAAAUCGUGCCAAUCGCUCGAAACAUCUCCUGGAGAAACCCACAAACCUGGGAACAUCGAAGUUGUGCUAGAGGAAGUGAAGUCUGAAUUCGCGGCCAGGCUUGCCGUCUGCGAACUAACGGGCGCAAAUGCCGCCAUCCCCCCUCAAUGCGCCCGCUUGGUCCCCUCUCAUGCUCAUUGCCAGAAGUCUGGCAUUGGCGGCUUCUUCGGCGGAGCCAGACCAAAGAAGUCUGAAGGGCAUGAGCUGUGCUACCCUGGGUUGACUACGCAGCAGUUUGACCAGUGCUUACGUGGUUUGGAAUCGCGAGCGCAGUGGUGGACAAGCUACAGCAACGCCAGGCAGAAUGCAGUUGUCGUCUGCCAGGCGAGCAGACACGCCAUCGAACGAGAGGAAAUGCUCGUAAUGUAUAGAAACAUGGCGGAAGUCACAGCAAACCAAGCGUCAGCUCUUUCAGCCUCUCUCGACAAAACUGAUGGCCGACUACAGGAGGCAGAGGAAUUUGCCGCCAAGGUGCGGCGGAUGCAAGCCGACUAUGUGAAAGAGUUGGAGCGGGCAACUGGGAGAACUUUCAGCAUCCUGAAUCAGCUGAGCACGGGGUUGAAGAUGCUCUGGGACGACAUCAUGCAUGUGUCUCAGACUACGAAUGAGGCUCGAUCAAAGCUCGACGCACUAACAGAAAAUCUCCACCAUGCAAGCGAUGACUUGGAUCAGACUCGUGAAAACAUACGGACCACGCACAACGACGCCAUCGAGAAAACUACCGAGAUUGCAGCUGUAGCAGUGCGUGGACAUGAGGCCAGCCUUGAGAGGGCUCUAUCUCUACGUCGUGAGCUAGAAAACGCUGGGCUGGAUAUUGGCAGCUGGACAGCGAACUUAAGUCUGGUCAAUGCCGAGCUGGAGAGAUUGUACGAGACGAGCCAGAGGACGCAUGAACAGCAAGAGGCGAAUUUAGAGACCCAGCAACGGCUUGGCGAACAGCUGAGGGAUAUGAAGGAGAGCGUCGAAACUCAGAAGUCCGCGAUAGAGGAUGCUACUACCAAGCUUCAGACCCUCGCCACAGCAGGAGGAUUUGCCGACCUUGUCCGCAGCUGGGCUGGGCUUGUCGUGAUGGCGUUAGUGAUCAGUAUGGUCAGCAAGGAGCUUGGCCGACUCCUGGUCGUUGUUGCUGGACUUAUGUGGGCCAUUCUGAAUACUUUCUCAUGGCUUUAUGUCUACGAAGGAGCGCACGAUUGCGUUCGUCACGUCAUAGCCAGCCUCUCGUCCUUCGGACAAUCGCCGAUAUAUCUCAUGAUUCGACUCUCCGCUUUCCUGUUCGUUGCCGUCGGCUUCGUUCUUUCAGCCCGUCGGUACCUCCACCGCUCUGCCCUGAUUGAGACCGAAGAAGGGACACUUCCGAUGAUCGAGGCCCUACAAACGACGAAAAGCCCAGAUAAGGAGACCCGACCGUACCCAGCGACGUUCUCAUUCAGUCGCUGGUCUGUCUGA